CCAAGUUAAAUACUUGUCACGUUAGCUUCACACAGGCAUUUGUGAACUGAGUGAAAUCGUCCUCACGAAGGACGAGACGGCAUUUCAGUAGGAAGUCUUUCUUACGACAUAGGUGAAUAUGUUUUCUUGUCACUAUAUACAUGAAACGGCAUAUGCAAUGAAACGCUGCAAUUCACUUGGAAGUACUCAGUCGCCUUCGACCCAACAAAGGCGAAUUGACGAGGCGUUUAAACGGUACCGUAAAGCUUUUAUAAACGGUGAAUUGGACCAACAGAAUCUCAUCAUCAAUGAAAUUGUCUCCAAUUUGCUCUCCGCCGAAAUGAGUAAGCUAGCCGAGGAGCAGAUGGCUUACGGAAAGCAAAUGAAAUCUUUAGAACUAGAGGAGAUUUUUACGUGUAAUUCUUGCGAAGAAUUUCUACAUUUGCCGGUGACACUCGCUUGUGGACACACUUUCUGUUCGGAUUGCCUGCAAAACUAUCAAUGCCAAGAGAAGACAUUCUGCCCUGGUUGUGGACAGGAUUCAUCGGUUAGCUACGCGUCAAAUAUAAUCUUGAGAGAGCUCUCUGUUACUUGGUUUCCAGACAAGACGUAUAUUCAAGAACGUGCUAGCAAAGCCAGGAAAAUGCUACGCGAGAGACGAUUGUCAGAAUUCAUGCAGCUGGUAAACGGUCUGAUAACUCAGUAUCCUGAGAAUGUCAAUCUCCUAUACCUUCGCGCACGCGGGUAUAGUUCCGAAAGGAAUCUUUCCUACGCUCUGAAAGAUUUAGAUUUUGCAUGCAGCCUUGUUCCCUUUGACAGCAAAAUCUUUUACGCACGUGGAGAAGUUUUAGCGGCCUUGAAUGAGAAUGACGAAGCGAUGUCGAUGUUCCUCCGUGCCGCAGCUCUGAGGCCGAAGAACUCGGCGUAUCGAAAUGCGAUGUCUUUACAUCUCGAGAAACUUCUAAGAGAGGGUAUGUAUACAGGCAGUCGCUUCCCUGUAGUUCAAAACUUCAACAUCGUACAGGAAUCUACGAAACUGGCACAAAGAAGCCUCGCAACAAAAUCCAAGCCAAUUUUCAACGAAUCGUUUACGACUGAGCAAAUUUGGUCACAUAGAGGACAAUUUCGCGCAGAGAACACGGUAACAAAUCUGUCGGAAAUCACAGGCCAAACUUUGUGCAACACACACAUUCCGUGUCGUAAAAUGAGAGGCGCGGUGGCUUUAGCACAGACACAACGUCGACAGGUUACUUGUAUCAAGGAAAACCAGUCCUCGCCUCAGGAGAAAUCAAAUAGUAUUUCAAGCGAACUCGAAUGUAAGCUAUGUUUCAAUAUUUUGUUCGAUCCUGUGACCACACCAUGCGGCCAUUCGCUGUGUCGUUCCUGUCUGCAAAGAUGUUUGGAUCAUCGCUUUGAAUGUCCUUGUUGUCGAAGCAAUCUUCAGAACUAUCUUGAACAUUUAAUGAAGGGAAAAAUAGGCACCUGCCGAGUUCUGGAGAGAAUAAUUCAGUUAAAGUUUAGCGAAGAAUAUAACAGAAGGAAAGUUUUAUACCAAAAAGAACUUAACGAAUUUUCGAGCUGUGGCAAGAAUAAUGACGAGAUUCCUAUAUUUGUUUGUACCUUGGCUGUCCCCGGGGUUGCCUACCCCCUGCAUAUCUUUGAGCCACGCUACAAGCUCAUGAUUCGACGGUGUCUGGAAAGCGGAUCACGGCAGUUUGGCAUGUGCGUCGCGGACCCAGAACACGGCUUUGCGGCUACUGGCACGGUGCUGCACAUCAGUGAUGUGAAGUUUCUGCCAGAUGGUCGCUCGAUAAUCCACACCGUUGGAACCAAACGGUUCAAGGUAUUGGAACGUGGAAUGAAAGAUGGAUACAACACCGCUAAGGUUGAAUGGCUCCAAGAUGAGAUCGAUGAAACAGAUUACACGGAACUGAACUUUCAGGUCUACGACAUGAUGUCGCGAUGGAUUAAGAAUCUUCCAAGUGAACAGCAAACUUGCAUCGAAAAAGCGGUUGGACAAAUGCCUGAGGUCUCUCAGAGUACCGCCAACCAUGGACCGAACUGGUUGUGGUGGCUGUUGGCUGUCAUGCCAUUAAACACGGAGGCGAAACAGAUAAUCCUAUCAAUGAAUUCCGUCACAGAACGCUUGUACAGUACAAAGAGGUUUCUAGCUAUUUUAUUGAACAGGUUGUGACUUACAUACAAACCGUUCUACCAAAUUAACUUUCAAUGUAAUAUACUGAAGUGUGUCGAUGUAAAAAUGAAAUCCUUAUUCAAUGCUUAGAAUAAAUGCUUAUCUGUAGUAGCCCUCGUGCAGGGAUCGCCCAUUUUAUUAAUAGCUUUUUAAACGAAAUCAAUUGUCUUGUAGAAAUAGCAUAAAUACGGCUGGAUUAUAUACACGGUAAAAUUAUUUUUGACAAUCAUUUGUAGGAUACACAUAUAUGUUGCAAAUAAUGAUCGCUAGUAAUUGCUAGAUUGAUUGUCUAUAUUAUCUAUUAUUACCAUGUAUUAUAUAUGUAAGAUUAAGAAAGGUAAAAUAGAUAUUUAUAUUUUUAUUUAA